CUGUCCUUUGACUUCUGAACGUAACUUGUAAUUCAUGAUUUUAGAUCCCUUUUUUCUGAAUUAAAUUACCUAGUUGUGAUUAAAUAAACAUAUUAAUCAAAGCAUAUCAUUCUGUGAUGCAUGGAAUUAAAUUGUAAAAAUGGCAUCAAUAUUUUCAAUUCGAUCACAAUUUAUAUAUGAUAAAAUAAUAAACUGGUUUCCAGGUCAUAUGGCAAAAGGUUUAAGAGUUAUGUCUGAAAGAUUAUCAAACGUGGAUUUAAUUGUUGAAGCAAGAGAUGCUAGAAUAUCCUUUUCUAUAAAAAAAAUUACUUCUUAAACUUUUUAUUAAUGAUAAUUUCUUAACUUCACGUGCAUAUGCAUUUACACAUUCCAUUAUCUUCUAUAAAUCAUAAAUUUGAACAAAUUGCUGGCAGAAAAGAUAGAAUUAUUGUUUAUAAUAAAGCUGAUUUAGCUGAUGAUAGUGUACAACAACCAAUAAUUGAUGCAUUUAAACAAUAUCGUAAUCAGCAUGUUAUAUUUACAAAUGCGAAUAUGGAUAAAAAUGUAAAAAAAAUAAUUGACUUUGCAGCAGAUAAACAUAAACAGGAUCCAUCAAGAUAUCCUUUUAUUUCAGUUAUGGUCGUUGGUAUGCCAAAUGUUGGAAAAUCUUCUUUAAUCAACUCAAUGAGAAGAAUUGGUGUACGUAAAGGAAAAGCUGCAAAAACUGGUGCUUUGCCAGGAGUAACUCGAUCCGUUGCUGUUACUUCUAUCAAAGUAUUAGAAGAUCCUCCGGUUUAUUUGGUUGAUACCCCUGGUGUUAUGAUACCACACCUUCCGGAUCCUGAAAGUUCUUUAAAGGUUGCAUUAACAGGAGGUAUAAGAGAUCAUUUAUCAGAUGAAGUAGUAAUGGCAGACUAUUUACUGUGGCGUUUAAAUAACUUUGGAAAUUUUGGCUAUGUAGAAAAUUUUAAAUUAUCCGGACCAACGGAUGAUAUAAAUUUUUUACUUCCAGUAAUAUCAAAACGUAUCGGUGCAUUACAAAAAUAUGGUGAAUAUGAUUUAAAAACUGCAGCAAUAUUUUUUAUUAAACAAUAUAGAAAUGGUAAAUAUGGUAAAUAUACCUUAGAUGACAUAACUGUUGAUUCGUUAAAUAAUUAUUUUGUUAAUGAAAAUAAUCCUGAUAAACAAGUUUUAUUGAGUAAAAAUCAAGAAAAAAAAUUACUAUGGAAUAAAAAAAGAGAGAAAAGGUUAGAAAGAUGGAAAAGGCAAGGUUAUUAAUUACAGUAAUAAUAAAGAAAUAGGUUUAUAAAUGAAAACUUAACCUUGAUUUAAAUUGUAAUUGAAUAACUUGUAGUUUAAUUUUAAACCCAUUUCUUUCAUAAUUAUUUUUUAAAUUACACUAAAUAGGACUUUAUCAAAU